CCCUAAUACAAUCCUCUUCUUUUUAUUCAUUUUUGGUCAAAACCGUCAUUAUAUUAAAAACCCUAGAUAACCACCGAGAAUCUGAUCUAGUCGGAAACAUUCACCAGAUCGGUCGUCUCUGUUUGAAGAGUGAGUUUUCCUCUUCUGAAACUAUCUAUCUCCAAAUUCAAACAUCUAGUUCGGUCGGAGAUUCUGAAUCCUGUCCUAAAAAAAACAUUACCUUUUGUCAUGUAUUCUUCUCUGUUACUCCACGGCAAAAAAUGUAUCGAGCUUCAUAAAUCUUCUACCUUUAGAGUCAUCUCAGUGAAGCUUCUUCAAAAGGAAUAUCCUUUUCGCAAUCCCUUCUCCUCCUCUGCGUCUACUCUUCAAUCAGAUUCAGUUCUGAAUCUUCUCACAAGCUACGGCUUCACAUCCACUCAGAUCUCCAAAAUCAUCACCACCUACCCACGCCUCCUCACACUCGACGCCAAAACCUCCCUCCUCCCAAAGCUUCAAGCUUUACAGUCCAGAGGAGCUUCAACCUCCGACCUGACCGAGAUCAUCUCAAAAGUCCCCAAAAUCUUAUCCAAGAGAGGCGUGAAAUCCACCGGAUUAUACUUCGACUUCAUCAAAGACAUCAUCCACAACGAUGGUAAGAGCUCUCAUUCUUCUACUACAACAGGUAAGCAAGGGAACAAGAUGAGAAACGUAUCGGUUCUGAGAGAUAUGGGAGUCCCUCAACGGUUCUUAUUCACAUUACUCGUCUCAGAGAGCCAGCCUGUCUGUGGGAAAGAGAAGUUUGAAAUGUCAGUCAAGAAAGUAGUCGAGAUGGGGUUCGAUCCCGCGACGUCGAAGUUUGUCCAAGCGCUGCACGUUUUCUACGAGAUGAGCGAGAGAACGAUAGAGGAGAAAGUUAACGUGUAUAACAAGUUAGGGUUUAGGGUUGAGGAAGUUUGGGAGAUGUUUAACAAAUGGCCUUACUAUUUGAAGUUCUCUGAGAAGAAGAUCACUCAGACGUUUGAGACGCUGAAGAGGUGCGGUUUGGGGGAUGAGGAGGUGGUGGCGGUGAUGAAGAAGCGUCCGGAGUGCAUGCGUGCGUCAGAGGAGAAGAUAAGAAGCUGUGUAGAGACUUUUUUAGGGUUGGGUUUUAGCGGGAAGGAGUUUGUGUCGAUGGUGAAGUGUUUCCCCACUUGUGUUGGUUUGUCUGCGGAGAAUGUGAGGAGGAAGGUUGAGUUUUUGGUGGGGGAGAUGAAGUGGGAGUUGAAGGAUGUGGUUGGGAUACCUCCGGUGCUUGGGUAUAGUUUGGAGAAGAGGAUGGUUCCUAGGUGUGGUGUGGUAAGAGCUCUUGUGGAGAAAGGAGUGAUGAGUGGAAGAGGAGGAGGAGGAUAUGGUGGGAUACCUCCGAUGUCGUCUGUUUUGGCGUGUAGUGAUAAGGUGUUUUUGAAUAGGUUUGUGAUGAAACAUGGGAGGCUGGUGCCUGAGCUGAUGGCUAUCUUUGAUGGUGAUAAGAAAAAGGGCUCACAAGGACGCACUGCAAUAAAGAACGUUAAAGGCUUGUGUAGAGAAAGAGUGGUUAGGAACAUGAAUGGGAUUGUUGCCUAAAGAGAAGAGUUUAAAACUCUCUUUUUUUUUAGUUCCUCAAAACUUUUGAAUAAAGCUCUGUAAAAACUUUUAAAUAUUUACUGUUACAGACUAUUCAGAAAAAUAAGAGCCAAACAAUGACAGUCUAUUCAAUACAGAAAGAUUAACAAAUGUAUACAAGAAAAGUUAUAAUAAAACAAAAGAGGAAAGACACUCUGAUUUAAACUAGGAGAGUGUAAGAAAAUCAAGAAACAUAAUAAACCGGUUAAACAAACUCUAACCGAAAGUAAUCAAACCCAAUUGAAUGGUACAGUAUUGGUAUGUAAAUUUUCAGUAAUGGGAAUGCCUAAGAUAUAGGAGAAAAGUUCAAUGAUGAAAAAUCUCCAUGAACCGGAGUGGUUUUCAGUAAACCGGAAAAUAAAACCGAAAGUGAACAUUUGUUGCUGCUAUAAAUACAUUGGAAGAGAGGGAGAAUACAUGAGAACUGUGCCUGUGCCUGGUUGUGGCACAUAGCAUUCAAACUUCUAGAUUUGCCUAAAGAGAAGAUUUCAACUCUCUCUGAGUUCCUUGGCAUAUAGCAUUCAAACUUCUAGAUAAGCUCUGUAUAAACUUUUACUGUCCUGACGAUUAAGAAAAGUAAGAGCCAAACCAUGGAAGUCAAUUCUAUAUUGAAAGAUUUUUUUAAAAAAUGUGGUAACUUGAUGAUGAUACAAGAAAAGAGAUAUAUUAAAGCAAAAGAGGAGGGGCACUCUAAGUUAAACUAGGAAGGAGUAACAAAGAAUAAACAUAA